AAGAGAGAAAAAAAACUCGCGAGAGGAGAGAAUAUGCAAAAAGUGCAGCUAAAAAAAAAAUACAAGCCAACGGUGCAAUUUGCAUUGUGCAAAGAGGUGUAGAUCGCGCAAGGCAACCGAGCAACAGCUGAUUGGUCGCUCGCGCGACAGCGGUGCCAUCUGCGCGACGAAUCCUCGCGGCAGUCGCGGUUAGGUCGACUAAUUUAACCGUCAUUUCAAAUCGAAUGUAACCGAUGCGACAAGCGUAUUCAGACAUCGGUGUUCGGAACGAGCAGUGUUCGGGGUGAUCGAGCGCGGUCCGCAACUUCGUCCUCGCAGAAGCGAGGCUAGGGAAGGAAAGAGGAACCCAGAGGGACCAUCGACGAGGAGCCGUUGAUCGGUGCCGACGAUCCGGUUGUUUCUCAUCUCGCAACGCGUCCCGAACGUAAACAAUCGUUCGGUAAGAAGCAGAGGGUUGGAGUUGUCCAAGAUUGUUAAAAAAUCAUAUAUACGUGCGGCCAGGCGAUGUCUUUCUCCAAGGCGAGGGUACAGCGAUUCAACGAACUUGAAAGCGAAACACCUCCACCAGGCGCUUAUGAUCCGAAAUUCGACACUAAGAUAAAAGGGUCUGUCAUCGAAAAAUCUGAUAGAUUUUUAGAUAAUAGAAGCACAGGCAGCGCAGAAUGCAAUGUUUCGAAUGUAUCAGGAAAGAGUAAUACGGUCACGUCGACUGCUGUUUUUCGAGCGCCUCAAUUGCCGCGAAAGCGAUUGGUCACGAAGUCGACACAGCCCGCUUGUAACAAUAAGGCAAAAAAUGGACAUACAUUGAAAAAUCAAAAUAUGAAAUAUGAAUCUAACCAGCAACUUGCGGAUCUUCAAGUAGAAUGUUUGAAUAAGGACAAGACUAUACAGGAACAUGAGAGGCACAUAGAGGAAAUGAAAGAAGAUGUACGAAAAUUAGAAGCCGAGAUAGAAAAGCUACACAAGAAACAAAAUGAAAUAGAAAUACAGCAUGCAGAAGAUAUAGAAGCAAUGGCUAAAAUGCAACAGGAAAUAAUAAGUAAUCAUGAUGAUAAACAUCAAGAAGAAGUGCAACUGCUUCGCCUUCAAUUAUUAGAAGUAUCUGAAGAAAGAGAACGAGAGAUCUCAACACGAAAGGCAAUGGAGACAGAACUCAGAAAUCGUGCAGCCGAACUAUCAAGAAAAAUAACAGUAUUAGAAGCUGAAUUGUAUGCCAUGAAAGAAGAGAAGAAAGCAAUGAUUGAAGCUCUUGAAACGCGCAUUGAAGAACUACAAAAUAAGUUAGAAGAGAUGAAAGGCGAUUACGAUACCGAAAUUGGAUUGUUACAAAAAGAAAAAAGUCAACUCGAUGUUUGUGUUACGGAUGUGAUUCAAGAACGAUCUAAUCUUGAAUCUAAAUUGGAAAUAAAGCAGAAUGUUAUUUUGGAACUUCAGGCUCAGUUAUCUGCUCUACAAUGUGAAUUAGAUGAACUUAAAGCCGAAUAUGAGAAACUUGCCGACGAUUCCAUUAAACGAAUUUCUGAUCUCACUGACAAACACGAGAAAGAAAUUCAACAUUUGAAAAAUGAUUUCCUGAAAGAAAAGAAAAAAUUAUUAAUGGAAAGUGAAAAUUAUAAGACAUGUGAAUCAGAAGCAAAAGUGAAAGCAAAUGAAAUGGAAGAAACAAAUUCUUUUCUUAUAGAAGAAUUAAAAGAUCUUCAAAGACUUUAUAAAGAUGUAAGCCAACGAUUGCAACAGGCUCAGACUGAAUUGGAACUCUCAAAUGAGAAACAUAUUACUAUGGUAGAAAAAUAUAAAAAGAAUUUAAAUGAUGUGAAAAAUGUACAUAAUGAAGAGAAAUUGCAACUACAACAAUUGUUAAAUAAUGCCAAAGAAGAACAUCUGAAAGAACUAGAAAAUAUUGCAUUAAUAAAAGAUAAAGAAUUAGAUGAAUUAAAACAAGCUAUCACAAAAAAGAAAGAAGAGGAAAUUAAACGAAUAAUGAAACAUGCUGAAGAAACAAUUACAAAUGCAGAAUCUGAGAAAAGAAACAAGUUAGCAGCAUGUCGUGCCGAAAACGAAGAACAUAAAAAAGUUAUUGCUAAAUGGGACGCGAAAGUCAAUGCCAUGAUGAAAGAGACACAAAACACCGUUGAAGAUGAGAUGCGACUUACAAAUGAAAGAUACAAAGCAUGCUUGCUUCGUGUAGAAACGGAACGUGUUGUAUUAGAUGAUAAACUUUCGCAAAAAGAUGCUGAAAUCGCCAAGCUCUCUGCAACACUCGAGGAGCUUAGACUAUCCAUAGAAACUCAGGAAAGUUUUAGUCAAAGUUUACAAAUUGAGCUGGAUAGAGCGGAAACUGAAUUGGCGGACAAAAGGGAAGAAUUGAGAGCUUUAAAGGAUCACAUCAGAACAGAAGCGGCUGAAAUGGUUGCUAGAAAAAGAAGGUUUGAAAUAAUAAUAGCCGAAAAUGAAGCAUCCAUUAUCGCGCUUAGUAAUCGUUUGGCGCAGAGUAAUGCUGAUGUGGAAAAACUACAGGAUGAAUUGAAACAUAGUGAGGAUUGUAUACGCGAGCAUAAAGAUCUGCUUAGUGUGAUGCGCAAUAACAGUCAAUUGGUAGAUGAGCAAAUUCAAACUCACAUGAAAGGAUUAGAUACUCAGAGAGAGCUGAUAGAUAAAUAUGAAACUAAUAAUUUAUCUCAAUUUAAAUCAAUGAAAUCUAUUUUUGAAACAAAAAUUGAGAACCUGAAACAAGAAGCAGCAAAAGAAAUUUUAAGACUUCAGAAUGAAUGCGAGCAGAAAUCUUUACUAAAUAAUGAGUUAAAGAAGCAACUUGAUGAAGAAUUAAAAAUUCUUCAUAACAUGCAAAAUCAAUUACUCAAAUUAGAAGAAGAAACUGAUGCUCUGGAGUGUAGCAAGUCACGACUGGAAUUGGAAAAUGUUAAACUUACGAAACAAUUAAAGAGCCUGGAAGAAUUAGAGAAAAAUAAUCAAUUACUUAAAGAUCAAGCAGCACAAUAUAAAAAUAUUGUAGACACUGCAAACGGUCGGAUAGAAGAGCUUUCUCAAAAAGUGGAGUGGUUCCGAGCAAAAGAAAAAGAUGCAGAGGAAGCCACUUUAUUAUUAGAGCAAAAACGAAACAAAUGGAGAUCUUUGCAAAAUGCACUUACGCAACAACUUCAAGAAGAAAAAGCGCAGCGAGAAAAAGCCGAAGAGGAAGUCAAUAAAAUUAUGGAAUUAAACAAUCAUCUCACAAAGGAUUAUGAGGAAAUUAGUGAAAAGUAUGCGGAAGUAAUCGGUCAUCAGAAUCCUAAGCAAAGGAUCAAACAUGUUGCUCACUUAAAAGACAAAAAUUAUCAGUUGGAACAGGAAUUACGUAUCAAGACCAAAUUAAUCGAGCAACAACAAAAGACUAUAGACAUGUUAAAAGAAAAGGAAGAAAAACGAUCUCAUUGGAAAGGCAAGGAAAAUGUGGGAUUGGUACAUUCGACUCCCAUUUCUUCACCGCAUAAGAUACCGCUGUCAUUAAGAAAUCAAAACGAUUAUAAUCUUAAGCAGUAAUUCAAUAACUUGUCUUCUUAACUUAUUAAUCUAGAUUAUAAUUGUUUAAAACGAGUUGUAUUCGAGAUAAUUUUCUGA